AUGGGGAUCAAGGACAACCGCAUGAUGAUGCGCGGUCCGCAGCGGGCCCCGCGAACCGUCAUCGACCGCGCAUUGGUCAUUCUCGUCGCGCUGAUGUGGAUCGCGGUGGCGCUGACGUGGCAAGCGGCCCGCUGGAACAUCCAGAAAGCGCAAAAGGAAGCUUCCAACCCCGACCAGCGCGCGCAAGCGCAGAAGGGCGACUGGUGGGAAGAAUCCAUGGCUGGCAAGCAGAAGGCGAAAGAAGUGGCAGCGGCGAAAGCAGCAGCAGCUAAGGAAGCUGGAUACGACAGCCAGAUUACGAUCGGCAGGAGUGGAAGGGAGUACGGCGGGGUUAACAGCGGUGAGGGGGGGUCGCGGUAUGCUGCGCGCGCAACCGUGGGCGGGGAUUUGGGGGACCGGUUGUCGCUCGGGGGGGAUGAGUUGGAAGAUUACGCUCGUCAAGAUGUUGCCGUAGUGGAUAACACUAAACGGAGACGGAUGAAAGCUAGUACCGGGGACGGGCACUCGGAUCGGUCGCGGAUAUGGCACCCCGUGACGGAAGACGACGACAUUCAAGACGUGCCUAUAGACGUGCGGUCUAUAAAGAGGAUAAGGCGGCGGACGGACAUGGACGGAGAAUUGGACUGGCCGAUCGAAGUGCCUGUAGGCAGGCGUGCGUUAGCAGCUAGUGAGGCUGAUGGAACGACUGGGCUGGAAGAGAGCCGGCAGGGAGCUAGCCUUUUGGGAGAAUUUGAGCAAGAAAGCAGAGGAGGGGGGAGAAGAAUCACACGGGAUUUUCAAAGAAGGGUGGAUGGGGGUGGAGAGGGAGAGAAGGGUGUAACAAGAGAGGCAGUAACGGAGAGGGAAGGGGGUAGAAUGGUGGAUAGGGUGGAGUAUUUGCGGGAGGUGAUUUUAGGGUUUGACACAAGCGGUAUUAAGGGGUUGGAGGAGGUGAGGGAGGAGGUUAAGGGGCGGCAUCUGGUGUUUUCAUUUGAAGAGGAAGUGAGCAGUGAUGACGUGGCGCCUGCAUCUGUUAUCAGCAGGACACCAGAGAGAUACACUGUCUCAGCUUGA